ACAACAACAACAACAAUUCUAAUGCAUACAUCAAUACAUUUUCCCUCCUACUGAUCUAUAAAGAGGAUGAUAAAAAGCACCGUGUUGAAGUUCAUUUCCGCCUUAUAUGUGUAUGUUCUGCUCUAUCAUAAAGGCUGCAAUGGAGAAACGGAUUGUAUCCGCAAAGCAACAGACCUUUACCAUAAAUUAAUAAAUAAUUCGACUUGUUUGUCCAUUUCUUCAGUAAAUGCUUCCUUAAGCAAUCUGGAGACAUGUUCCCCGGAAUGUUCAAUUAUAAAUUCUGCAGCAGAGGACAAUUAUGUGAGAGUACAAAUCAAAUACCAUGCUGAUAUCGUGUUGAAACUGGAACAUAAGAAGAACUCAAAAUGUUCUUAUUCAGCCAAAGAUAUCAAUAUUGAUUGCAAAAUUGAUCAAAACAUAUUAGGGUCACUUCAAAGUUGCAUAAUUGGACGUUGUAUUUUUGAACAAAAAGAAAAGAAACAAGUCACGGAGACACAGGUCUGUCCAUUGAUCAGGACUGCUUCAGAAAAAUAUGUUACCCUUGACAUUUACCAUCUGAUUAUUGUCAUGGUGUUAGGAUCAAUCCUUGAAUAUUUCUCAUUAACAGAAAACUAGUUGAUAUCACACUGAAUCUACAAUUAUCCAUUUUCUGUAUGACAAUGUUCCUGGCAGUAUUUAUGGAGUUUGAAAUGAAGGAUGGAGGUGUGAAUCUAUACAAAAUCUCUUCACAGCGACCAAUUUAUAUCAUCUAAUCAGAAAAACAUACCAUCUUUAUUAAGUCUUAAAAUUUACAUUUUAUGAAUCCAUCAUUGAAGAUUCGGGGUAUAUCACUUUUGUCCUGUCCAUCCAUCCGUCUGUUUUGUCUGUUUGUCCGUAAGAACCUUGCCCAUAACUUUUAAGUGGAUGAGGCUAUGGCUUUCGUAUUUCAGAGGUGCAUUCUUUUUGACAGGGCCAUUCUUGACCAAAUUUGACCUCUUGGGCUUAGACUUUUAACCCACUUUUACACAAAAUUACCUAACUUACACCUUGGCCAUAAUUUUGGUACUAGGACUUCCAAACCUUACAUGUGUAUUUAUUUUGACAAACCCUUUAAUGCGUAUAAAUGUUUUGGACCUUUCGACGUUGACCUCAAAGAGUGUUACAGUGUGCUUACUUUCAAAAAAUCUUCAACUUGGCCAUAACUUUUGAACAGUUAAAAACUAGAUCUUUCAGAAAUUUAUUCCUUAUUACAAGACCGUUUGCAUACCCGCAGCAAUUUUGACCUUUUGACUCUGACUUUAGAAUUUGACUUGCGUUUGAGAAGGAAAUUUCAAUGCUCACUAUAAGCUGACAUGCAGGGGUAUCAGUGUUUCAAAAACGCAUUUUGUUUAUCAUGUUUAAAUAAGAAAAGCAUGCUCUGUAUGAAUAUAUACUGAUAUUUUUUUGUUUGUUUUGUUUAUUCAACUUGUUGAUAUGAUUAUUAUAAAUUAUUAUAAUUACUUAUCUGAAAACUCAGUAAAUUUUAUACUGAUGAUUUCUCAGGUCUAAAUCUUGAAAUAAAUAUCAUCUUCAGACAAUAUUUGCUUUAUUAUACCUCUGACGUUUUGGAGGUCCAUGUUUUCUCUGUUACUAAAAGACAAAGACGUGUUCGAUUUUAUGACAGUAACAAUGAAUCAUAUCUUAAUUAUCUUCAAUGAAAAACCGUUUUAUGCACUUUAUAAUGAAAAUCUAAAUAUCGUGUAAAUAUUGCUGGCAAAUGAAAACAAAAGAUCAUUGCCAUCUUUAAGUGUACAUACAUGUAAUUAAAUCAAAAUAAUUAAGAACUAACCUAUACUUUGCCACAAUUCUUUUAUUUCACAGGAUGAAUUCAAUAUAUAUAUAUAUAUAAAGAUGAGGAUAUAUAACUAAAAUGUGUUGACAAGAAAAGGGGGUUCUCUAGUAUACAUAUAACAAUAAAAACUUUUACUCUGUCUGAACUUAAAAAAAUAUGAAAACACCAUUAGCUUAUGAUCCUAUCGUCAAGCACCAAGACUAAUCAUUAAAUUAAAGAUCGUCGUUUCACUUAGCAAAGUUUUUAGUUUAUCAAAGAAACUGAGGAUACUUGAUCAAGAACUAGAAUGCCACAAUUUUUAAAAGUUUUAUUAUAAUUAUUGAAACAUACAUUUUCCUUCAAUUUUCUUUGAUAAAAUACUCUUUUAACUUAAAGAUGAGUCGUUGCUUGCAUAAAUGCAAGAUUUAAAAUAUUCCACAGCUUAAUUUCGUAUCACUCAUUGUUUUUAACAAUAAAAGUGUAUAAAAGCCAUCUAUGCCAUUUAUUUUCUUGGUUUGUUGUUUUUUUACUGCUGGUCAAUAAAAAAAGUAUUUGUCGAAAAAUGAAUGUUCUUUUUCUGCCAAUAAUUAUUUCAUUAUACAAAGUAAUUCAGUGGCAUAUCAUUGGGAUAUUAUCACAGCUGUAUAUAUCU